AUGAAUCUGCCCUGGUCCCUUUCAUGCAGAGUCAAUCACCGUCUUUCGAGAAACAACCAGAAAAAAUACCCCCAUAUCCUGUUGCACCCGCUUUUCCUAGCACAGACAGUCUUGGUGAACCUUACCAAGAACGUCGCCGAGCAGAAACAGAGCCAAGAAACGAUUAUCAACAGACUCUUGCCCCUCAGAAGGUGCAUCAUUCCCAAAACCAAGGCACGAAUUACUUACCGGACCAAUUCCACGCCCAUAAGUCUCAACAUGAGUCUCGCCAAGGUCGUCCUAACUAUGCGGCACAACCUUCGUAUCCUUCAAAUCCUGGGCCCCCGAAAUCAUAUUCGUCAACAGCCGAGAGAACGCAACAGGGUCAUUACACAACUUCUAACCAGCCGUAUGGUGCUCAGAAUGGAUCACAGUACAGUUCACAACAUGGCGCAGGAUUGCUGUACCAACAGUCUCAGCAGCAUCAGGCGAGCCAGUACGGAUCUCAAUAUGCUUCCCAAACCAGAUCUCAGUACACAGGGCCACAGCAUAUACCCCAACAACCUCUUCCAAAUAUGCAACCUCACCCUGCCCAAGGAUCACACCCUGCUCCCAAUUCUGGAAAUCCAUACGGACAACAGUGGGGACAUGGAAACCAACUUGCAACACCGCAUAUGGCCCAACACGGAGCUCAAUAUGGAUCGGCCGCGCAUCAUGCCAGGAGAAAGCCUCCUGGUAGUACUUUGGGAACUGAUCUUCCCGAAGGCAGAAGAGUGGUGA